UAUGUGACGUCUCGCUCUACAGACAAUGUGUGUAGCCUGUACAGGGCUCGGGUGUCCCAGCGUUGGCCGGGUUACGCCUCCGCCUCCGAGGCCAACACCUUCGCCUCGUGCUACUCCUCGUGGGCCUAUCGUGACAUCUCGCACCUGACCACGGUUACUGCCACUUCUUACUAUGGUAGCCGCUUGCCUUCCCACGCUGUUGAUGGCUACUCCUGUGAUUAUGAAUCCAGUUACUGCACUUCCGUUUACGGUCGCAAGACGCUGAGAAUCGAACUGCCUGAACCCUUGGCCAUCAGAGUUGUCCGAGUGCAGUUGUUGUCUUCUUCAAAGUUACCAGACGUCUUCUUCGGCAAUUCGUCGGUAUAUUCCGAAAACCCGAAGAUCGCUACUCGAGACGAAACGACGCCAGACGAUUAUUCCGUCAUCACCGUCACGCCGCCGGGGAACACGAAGGGCAGAUAUUUCUUCUUCAGGACCAAUAGCAAUUAUUUGCACAUCUGUGAGACUGCCAUUGUUCCCUUUUAGUGACCGAGUAGGAGAGUUGAAAGUAAUUUCUUUUAAGUAAACGAUAACACUUUUAUGCAAAUCAAAGCCAUAAACACAAGAUUAAUAGUAUCCACGUCCUGGUGGUUUCAGCUCCAGUUAGGAAGGUGUGUAUACAUAUGAGUACAUGAAAACAUACGUAUAACUUGCUUUUGAAUAAGAAUUAUACAUUUUACAGCACCAAGUCUAUUAGCAGAAGAAAAAAAUGAAUACCAGGAAAAUACUCACAUUUUUAAAGCAGGAAAAACCUUUUUAGAGAAAAAAAAUCACAGGAUCCACUGGCGUAAUGACCUCAAAAAAGUUACCUGCCGCUGGUCGAGAGCUAAAAUGUCCAUUAAGCAAGCAAGCAAGAAAGGGCUGCCUCGGCACUCCUGAACUUUACACCAAGCAAGUAAAGUUUCAAACUCGUCUUUUAUCUUCUCAACUUAUGGGCGGAUUUGCCUU